CUACCGACAGCGACUGAAGUUUCUUGUCAGGACCAAGAGCCGGCAUCAUCUGCACGGAAUUAUUUCGAAUCUAAACCAGUUCAUCACCCCGCCGAUUCGAUACCCCUCAAGAUGGAGGCGAUUUCGACCCCGCGUGUCACUUGUGCCUACCUCAACUCAUAUGUGGGCAAGAAUGUCAUUGUAGUAGGCAAGGUCAUCCAGCUGCGUGGCGACGAAGCCCUGAUUGACGCCGACGGGAACAUCACUGCCCAUCUGAAUCGCGAAGCCCACCUCGCCGCGGGCAACGGUGUUCAAAUCAUUGGGAAAGUGAACCCGGACCUGUCGGUCAAGGUACUGAGCUCUAUCGACCUGGGCACGGGUGUAGACUACUCUCUCGCCAACGCAGUAGUUGAGAUCUCCCACCAGCAUCGGGAGUUGUUUGCGUACGACUAGCAUAUUUACAAAUCGAUAAUCAAACAGUCAAGCGGCAUAGCUAGUUGCUUACAUCAACUCUUCAUCCAACCGUGGUGCAGGAAAUCAUCGAUCGCCUUCUCGAGUGACAACAGACCGUGCCUGGCACCUGCCCUGAAAAAC